UGCAAUUGGGAUAGAUAUCGAAGCCUGGGGAACAUGCACCGGCGCACCAAGGACGCGCAUGAAUAAUGGGCAAUUGGACUGCUGCCCUACCUAGUAGUUGUCCUUAUUAACCUUUGUGCUAAAUUGGACCCCCUUCUCCAAGUGGCUCUUGCGCUUCGCAGCAGCGCUGCUCACCUGACGGGCACAAGCACCCAGUCACCGGUUUUCAUUACACAAUCCAGGUGUGCAGUGAGCUAAUGGGGGGCGCCGCGUGCCAACACGUUCCCGCCAUGGAGAGCCCUAAGAGGGCCCUAUUGGAGAGCAGAGCCCUAGAAGCCGGCGGCAGACGCUCUCCGUGCGGCCCUGUGCGAUGCCCUGUGCGAUGCCCUGGCAGUGGCGCAAGCAGCCUGGAACUGCGCAUCUCCGGAUGCCGCAAAUCCUGGGGGGAAACACUUGUACAGCAACGAUGUGCAGCUGCUGGCCGGCACACGCAGGCUGCGCUCAGGCCCAGGCUUGCCAGGCACCGCAGGUACCGGUACGGGCAUCAGCUGCGUCCCUCCGCACACGCCCCCUCCCCUGCCCAACCGAGACCUUCUGUGCCUGCCAGCGCACGACCCAGCAGCUUGCGCAUACCCCUUUCGAGGUAGCGGUACACGCUUGCACCCAAAAAGGCUCCGAACGUGCUGGGCGGUCGCGUUGCUGGCACCUGCCGCUGCGAAAGUUCGCCUUAGAUCCACACCCCCCCUGCCCGACUCGGACGACAUUCGACGAAGACAUAAAAAUCCCCAGAACCACCACGAAAGCCGCCACUGGAGAGGCUCUUUUGCUCUCUUGCUCUCGUAAAAGACUCUUUUGUCAAACUUUCCCGCCCUGCGUUUCUGAUAUUCUGCAUUGUCGUGAACCGAGAAAUUUCAAGUCAUCCACAUCACCUGUUGUGCUCGAUUGCAAUCAUUGCUUCGCUGUGCUCCACCACACUCUCAGUCCUUCCGUCUCUCGCUACGGUUUCAACCCCCCCGUUGGUCAUCGUUGGCAUUCUGUGAUCGACGAGAAGCAAAAGACAGCCCAACAAGAAGAAAGAGGACCAUUUCUCAUUUCUCCAAGGACAAAAAGACGCACGAACCCCCCAAUAAUACCCAUCAUUUUACGUCUUCCCAUCGAACGGCCCCUCCAAAGCCCUUGCUUGCCUCUCCACCCACUUACUCUACGAUCAGAGUCAUUACAUACAGAAUCCCACUAGUCUCGGCGCCACACCCAGACUAAAUUUUCGUUCGAAUCUUUCUUGACUAGGCGCGGGAGUAUAUAUACAUGGCCACCCUCCCCGGCUUUGAGCGCCGACGACCUUCGGUGCUCGAACUUGCUGCUUCCAACCCCUUCAAGGGCUCGAGUA